GUCUCUGCGUUACCCAAAUUUCCCCGACCCAUUUUUUCUCCAGACCUUGCCGGGCCAAGGCUCGGACGUGCGCUUCAGCCGUGGAAUGGUAGGAGAGGUCCUCGCAGUUUUGGCCGCCGCCGGGGAGGCGCAUGGUGGCCCGUAGCUCGGAUGCCGGGAGCAUCCGCGCUGCCGGCAGGCGCCUGGUCCCCGACAGCUCGAUCUAAAGACCCCAAUGCGGCGGACCACGCCGCUGGCUGUUCCCGCAAUGGAGCUGAGGGCUGGGGCUCGCCGCUGGCGUUGCCCUCGUUCAGUGGCGACAGCUGCAACGCCCACUCCGCAGGCGACGCGGCACAUGCCUCACUGCUUCAGUUUCACCCUGCAAGCAGUAAUGGUAGUUUCAUUGGGCAACUAAACUGUGGCAAUACAUUCAGUUCAUGUGAUUGGGCUUGUCUCUUCGAGCUUGGCGCAGGAGGAGGCAGAGGUCUCCAGGCGAGCACACUAAUUGCUCUGUUUCUUAUCCUGUCCUGUGCUGUGGUCAUCGUUCAGUGCUUCACGGGUUCUGAUGUAUUGAGAUGGUGAUCUUCCUAUGCGACACAUGAUACUAAAAUCACCCCCAUCUACCCUACAAGGCUACAACAGGAUGAGGCCUUGUGCUCUUUUGGUAAAAGCGUAAAGACCGUCUUGUUGGUGGGACGAUGGUGGACACCAUGGGUGAUGCAUGGGAUAGUUCUGGAGGCAAUUAAUGGAUGGCUCCAGACCUAGUGGUUGUGCCUUUGGGUUGCACUGGCGCAACCCAUGUCAAUGUGUGGAUGGGGCUGGAUAGGUGUGUCUAUGGUCCUAUUGAGUCACUGGUCCUUUUUUUUACGGAUUGACUGUGUGUGGAAUGUCCUUUGUUGGCGCUGAUGUGGUAUGUAGUAAGACUUGUCAAGUCGUGGACCAUGGAUAACAUGAGUGGUGCACAUUUCUUGUGAUAUGUGUUGGUUCUGCUUUAUUCCUGUGUCUACCCGUUUGGUACUUAUAUAGAACUAGUUUGUCUAUGUGGCCUUCCCAUUGCUAGGUUUUCCUUUUGUAAGGGUUUUUGCCUGAUUUCCCUACAAACUGGAAAAGUUUUGUGAAGCUUGGCAAUAGUAUUUAUUCAUCAUAAAAAAAUGAACACCCUAUAUCGAUCUUGCCACAGCGACUUAACAGAAAAAACGUUACCCUUGGCCCCUACGACCCAGCACUACACACAAGAAUUUAGCUCUUGACAGGUACGUUCGUCGUCAUAAACCGAGAAAAUAUAAUGGUAGGAUACGUACCUCGUGAUCCUGAAAGUAGGUACCUUUUAAAGGAAACUUUCCUCGCAUCGCUGUCCGAAAGGGUAUCUGAUCAUUCAUGUAUUCAACAAUUAAAUAAGGACAAAAUAAACUUAAUCUAAUACUCACAUGCGCACACAUUCCCAAUUUAUUCCAUAAUAUAAUCACUAGAAAACGAUUAUGAUUCAAUGCUAAAUUACAAGAAAUCAGAACGAUGGGGAUGAUUGUGGAUCAAUUUGUACAAAUUGACAACAAUAAACUGAUAUGAAACUGUAAGAUUAUUAAAACAGCUGAAUGUGUAAUAUUACCUAUAAUUUAUAUAAUAACUACCAAUUGGGUUUAGCUACUUGCGUAAAAAUAUGUGUUUAGCUACAGAACUGCAUAACUCAUACAUUUAUAAUUUCAAAAUUUUGUUCCAGGUAGUAACACUUUGUAUCUCCAUAACACACGUGCUCUUUUGCAUCACAUUACUUUUAUUAAUAUUAGUAUGUCCCAAGUAAGUGGUUGCUCACUUACUUGGGACAAACUAGGUUGUCAAUUUUUCAAGAGGCACAUAUGUGGCGUUCUGCCGGCAGUUCCAGCGUGGCCAGCCUUCUGCCAAGACCAAGGGAACCCGACUAGGCUGGAAACUUGUAUCUUUAUCCCUGUAAAGAAAAGUUGUCUACCUAG